AUAAGGCAAAUCAUACUUUAUACUAGUCACAUUUUCUGAAUUCCAUUCAGGUUGCAAAGUAAUUAACCAACUAUCAUGAAGAACUUAAACAUAUCUUUGUGCAUGGUUAUGGCAGUAGUACUUGUUGGCUUAGUUGGAAGUGUACCUUUAGGUUUCAACUAUGGUGAUGCUCUUGACAAGAGUUUGAUGUUCUUUGAAGCACAAAGGUCUGGUAAAUUACCACUGCAACAACAGCGUGUCAAAUGGCGAGCUGAUUCUGGUCUCAAGGAUGGAAUUCAGCAAGGAGUAGACUUGGUGGGAGGGUACUAUGAUGCAGGUGAUCAUGUGAAGUUUGGGCUACCAAUGGCUUACAGUGUCACAAUGCUUGCAUGGGGGGCUAUUGAGUUUAGCAAGGAAAUCACAGGCUUAAACCAAAUGGGACAUACAUUAUGGGCCAUUAAGUGGGGAACUGAUUACUUCAUCAAAGCACAUCCUCAGCCUAAUGUUCUUUGGGGACAGGUGGGUGAUGGAACUUCUGAUCACUACUGCUGGGAACGUGCCGAAGAUAUGACUACUUCAAGAACUGCCUACAAAAUUGAUGAACAACACCCUGGCUCUGAUCUUGCAGGUGAAACUGCAGCUGCAUUGGCUUCUGCAGCCAUAGCUUUCAGGCCAUACAACUCUUCUUACUCUAAUCUUCUGCUAGUACACGCAAAACAGCUCUUCACAUUCGCAGAUAGGUACCGAGGUCUAUAUGACGAAUCCAUAUCUUCUGCUAAGCAAUUCUAUGAUUCUUCUGGUUAUUCAGAUGAAUUGUUAUGGGCUGCUGCCUGGCUGCACCGAGCAACUGGUGAUGAAUACUACCUAAAGUACGUCGUGGACAAUGCGGUGUAUAUGGGUGGAACCGGAUGGGCGGUGAAAGAGUUCUCUUGGGACAACAAAUAUGCUGGUGUCCAGACCCUCCUAUCAAAGGUAUUACUAGAAGGCAAAGCUGGUCCAUAUGCAUCAACACUAAAGCAAUAUCAGGCCAAAGCAGAUUAUUUUUCAUGCGCCUGUUUGCAAAAGAAUGAUGGUUACAAUGUCCAGAAAACUCCAGGUGGCUUGUUAUACUUGCACGAAUGGAACAAUAUGCAGUAUGCUUCCUCUGCUGCAUUUCUUUUAGCCGUUUACUCAAACUAUCUGUCAGCUGCAAAGGCACAGCUCAACUGUCCUGAGGGUCAAAUUCAGCCUCAGGAGCUCCUCAAUUUUGUCAAGUCACAGGCUGAUUAUAUCCUUGGUAAAAACCCGGAGGAUAUGAGCUACUUGAUUGGAUAUGGACCAAAAUAUCCUAUUCAUGUUCACCACAGAGGCUCUUCCAUUGCUUCAGUUUUUUCUCUUCACUCUGAGGUUGGUUGUGCACAAGGAUUCGACGCAUGGUAUAACCGUAUUGAGCCAAAUCCUAAUGUCAUCCAUGGAGGCCUUGUGGGAGGUCCAGAUAGAAAUGAUGACUACACUGAUGACAGGUCCAAUUAUGAACAGAGUGAGCCUACACUCUCAGGAUCUGCUCCUCUUGUAGGCAUCUUUGCUAAACUGCAAAGUUCAUAUGGCAAUAUAGGUUCCUACCAUAAAUAUAAUGAAUCGCCACUGCCCCAGCAAAAAACACCAAGUACAACAAACCUUUACAAUAAUCCCUCAAAGAAAACAAACCUCUACAAAGAACCAACACCUAAAACACCACAAGGUGCACCAGUUGAUUUCCUUCACUCAAUUUCCAGCUCAUGGACUGUUGGUACAACAACUUAUUACCGACACAAGGUGAUAAUCAAGAACACUUCUGCAAAGCCAGUCUCAGAUCUUAAGUUGGUGGUUGAAAAUCUCUCAGGCUCAGUAUGGGGUCUGUCUCCAACUGGAGAGAAGAAUACAUAUGAACUUCCACAAUGGCACAAGGUUUUAAACCCUGGCUCUGAAUGUAUGUUUGUUUAUGUUCAAGGUGGACCCCAAGCAAAAAUCUUGAUUCAAAGCUUCCACUAAUCAUUUUAGUAAUUUGACAUGAGUAAAGUGCCUCUUUUUUGCACAUGAGUAAUUUGACAGUUAAACUUCUGUCGCUUCAUGAAUGUAAAUUUGUAAUACCGACUUGUCAAUCAAAGUCUACUCCUUAUACAUGUAAUGUUAUUUUUCAA